CUAUGCAAUCAACAAACAAACUCAUGUCAAAUUAAUGUUCUGCAAAAUGCUACGAAAGUUCAACGUGUUUUAAUAGCGUUCCAAUUUCCUCUGUUUAAAAUUGUUAAUGAAUAACCUUUUUCUUUGCUAAAAUGUCGGAAAAAGUGGAAGUGGAGAAAUGCACUCCCCUAGAAUCAGCCCAGACAAAGCUACCACAAAAGCGGUUCUACAGGCAGCGUGCUCAUUCGAAUCCCAUUGCUGAUCAUAGCUUUGAAUAUCCAGCUCAUCCGGAUGAAUACGAUUGGAGUCAGCAUUAUCCAGAAGCCGGAGAUCGGCGUGUUGCUUUUGCUGACAUCGGGUGCGGUUACGGAGGAUUUUUGGUAACCUUAGGAGAGAUGUACCCGGAAAAGUUAGCUCUCGGGAUGGAGAUUCGAGUUAAAGUAUCCGAUUACGUGAUGGACCGCAUCGAUGCCUUACGGAAGCUUCAUCCCGGUCAGUACCAAAACAUCGCCUGCAUUCGAACGAAUGCAAUGAAAUAUCUGGUCAACUUCUUCUACAAGGCCCAACUUGAGAAGAUGUUCUUCUUAUAUCCGGAUCCUCAUUUCAAGAAGUCCAAACACAAGUGGCGCAUCAUCAACUCAGCCCUGCUAAGUGAGUACAGCUACGUACUAUGCAAAGGGGGAAUGAUUUACACCGUUACGGAUGUCCAAGAUUUGCACAUUUGGAUGUGUCGACACAUCGAAAAGCAUCCGGCUUUCGAGAGAUUGAGCGAAGAGGAAGUUGAAAAAGAUCCACUGUCGGAGAAGUUGCUGGAAAGCAGCGAAGAAGGCAAGAAAGUAACUCGGAACAAAGGGGAUAAAUUUGUUGCGAUCUUCCGACGAAUUUAAAAAAAUAAAAUAAAAUAAACAAAU